AUGUUCAAGACGCCACGACUCAUGGCUACGCGAUUUGUUUCUUGCUUUCGAAGCGAUAAAUUUAUGAAAAUGAUGAAUCGGAAUGGUAUCAGAUAUUUUCACUUUUCCUCCUCUUCACUCACAACAAACCUCAAGUCUCAUGUUUUUAUCGGAGAUCAAAAAGUACCAGUUUUCUUGGCAAAGGGGUUGGAAUCAAGUAUUGAUAUUGAUCGAGUCAUUAAUUAUUCUCCAUUUAAAUCGUGGCUUACAAAUAUUCAGAAUGUAAUGAAUGAAAAUCAAGAAAAGAGUUUAAAUUCAAAUACCUAUCACUGGAAAGAGUUAUUAUUUGAGGGUAUUGAAAUUCAAUCUGUUGAUAUAUUCGGAUCAAGAAAUAUCAUUGGAUUUGUUAAAUUUAAAGUUAAUGUCACUGUAAAAACUGACAAGGAUGAAAUUAAAAAACUACCCGGAAUUGUUUUUGCAAGAGGAGGCUCUGUUGGAAUUUUGAUUGUCUUGCAAUGCAUUGAGGAUGGCAAGGAAUACUUGCUAUUAGUUCAACAGCCACGAAUUGCUAUUGGUAAUUUACAUUCAUUAGAAAUUCCAGCAGGAUCCAUGGAUGACAAUGGUAAUUUCUCGGGAGUUGCUGCGAAAGAAGUUAAAGAAGAAACUGGAAUUGAAAUUAAGGACGCAGAGCUGAUUGAUCUUACUGAAUAUUGUCUUGAAUCAAAGUUUUCAGGACAUUAUAUGAGUCCAGGAGCUUCAGAUGAAGUUAUGAGAUUUUUCUUGCACAAAACACAAAUGACACGAGUCCAGAUUAAUGCUUUAAAGGAAAAGAUGGCAGGAUCUGAAUAUGAAAAUGAGAUAAUACUUCUUAAAGUAUUAUCUAUUGAGGAGGCUGUGAAAACUUCACCAGAUGCUAAAUUAUUGGUUGCUCUUUUCAUGUACAACUUGUACUUGAACAAGAGCAAGAUAUAG